AUGUCGAGAAAACACGUCGCGUCGGUUCUUCACCGCGCUUUACUCGCCGCGCGUUCGCACUCGUCCUCGUCGACCGCCCAAAAAGCGGCGAUGACACACGGCGGUAUUUUGAACAACAACAGCACCGUUGCGAAAAAUGAUGAGCGAGAACAGCAAAAUGUGGGGAGGAGAGGUACGAAAUUAAGGCAGAAUGUGUUACAUUCGAAAGGAAAAGAUAUCGAUGGACGUUUUCGUUGGGUUGGAUCUGGGAUAGGCUACGCGUCCGAUGCCGCGGUAUCCACCUCUGGAAGCAACGGAAACGGUUCCAUGGUCCCGGUGAACUCUGGCGCCAUCUUGAACGCGUUGAAAACGCCAAACAGCGAACCAAACUACGCGCAGGAAAACCAUCGCGUGGAUAAAAUCGGAGACCCGGACAAGAGAGCGUUCACGUACUUCGUCUUGACUGGCGGUCGCAUGAUUUACGCCUCGGCGAUUCGCUUAGCGGUGUUGAAGUUUUUAAUGUCCAUGUCUGCCACCGCGGAUGUGCUCGCUUUGGCGUCUUUAGAAGUGGACUUGAGCAAAAUACAACGGGGGACGACGACGACGGUGAAGUGGAGAGGGAAGCCGGUGUUUAUUCGAAGACGAACGGCGGAUGAGAUCGCGAAGGAGAACGCGGUGGAUUUGGGAGAAUUGAGAGAUAAGCAAGCGGAUGCGGAUAGAACGCAGAACCCGGAGUGGUUGGUUGUGGUUGGGGUGUGCACGCAUCUUGGGUGCGUGCCGAUUGCCAACGCCGGCGAUUACAACGGUUGGUUUUGCCCGUGCCACGGGAGUCACUACGACGCGAGCGGGAGAAUUCGUAAAGGACCGGCGCCGGAGAAUUUAGAAGUUCCGGAAUAUUCGUUCCAAGACGAGACGACGAUGAUCGUCGGUUAA